AUGGGGAAGUUCUGGCUGGACACCCGGGACCACAGGCUGGGAGUAGAUAUCAACCACAGGAUCCUGAACGAGCCCCUCAAGCAUUCUGACUUCUUCAACGUGAAGGAACUGUUUUCCCUGAAGAGUCUCUUCGAUGCCCGAGUGCAUCUGGGUCAUAAAGCUGGCUGUAGGCACAGGUUCAUGGAGCCGUACAUCUUCGGGAGCCGCCUGGAUCAAGACAUCAUUGACCUGGAACAGACAGUCACACACCUGCAGCUGGCCUUGAACGUCACUGCCCACGUGGCCUACCGCAAAGGCAUCAUCUUGUUCAUGAGCCGCCACCGGCAGUUCUCACACCUGAUCGAGAACAUGGCCCGCGACUGCGGCGAGUAUGCGCACACUCGCUACUUCAAGGGUGGGCUGCUGACCAACGCACCGCUGCUCCUGGGCCCCACUGUGCGCCUGCCUGACCUCAUUGUGUUCCUGCACACGCUUAACAACGUCUUCGAGCCCCACGUGGCCGUGAGGGACGCGGCAAAGAUGAACAUCCCCACCGUGGGCAUCGUGGACACCAACUGCAACCCCUGCCUUAUCACCUACCCCGUCCCUGGCAACGAUGACUCGCCGUCGGCUGUCCACCUUUACUGCUGGCUCUUCCGCACAGCCAUCAGCCGCGCCAAGGAGAAGCGCAGGCAAGUCGAAGCUCUGUACCGGCUGCAGGGCCAGCAGGAAGCCAAGGGCCGUGGAUCAGUCGACCCUCCUUCCACGGUGGACCUGAGCCGUUCCCUGUGAUGUGCCACCCUCCUCCUCCCCGCAGAGCAAGCUACCACCAGUUAGCUGGACGUGGUAGCACAUGUCUGUGUGGGGAUCCUCUUCCCCGGCUGUAGGCCACAGCAUUUUCAGUCCCUUGAGGCAUCUGUGUCCUUUUUUUUAUUUUUGGUUAGCGUCUCACUGUGUCUCCCAGGCCACGGCCCCCCCUCAGCCUCCUGGGUAGC